GAGCCGAUUCGAUGUGCAAACUGUACGACAGUGGGUACACCGGGCGACACUUUUAAGGCGCUGUUCGCCGCGGCUGGCACCAUUCCCACCAACACACAGUCCACACCGAACUUCACUCAUAAAACCCCGCGCGAGAUGUGAUGCGAGGAGCAGCAGAAAUCGAUUUGCUGCUGCUGCUACUGCUGCUUCUUCGAUGUAACGCGAACGUACCCUGGCCAUCGAAUGGUUUCCGAUAACGACGUUAAUGACGACGAUGACGACGAUGACGACUACGGCGCUACGACCAGUAGUGAAGCAAAGGGUCGUUCGAAAGGAUAACGGUUCUCUCCUGAAGAAAACGAUCGGCGAGGAACCGAAGCGCGAGAGUUGUCUCUUCUUUUCUUAAUUUUCCCUUUUUUUUUUUAAACAAAAGCAAAGCAAUCGCAUAACUCAUAUUCACACCUUAGGAAGAGGCCGAAAGGGCGAAAGGGCGAAGAAUGGGCGCACAAUCACUGCUUAUCAUUUUAUCACCAUCACCAUCACUGGACACACAUGGUCGCGAAGGAACAUGAAAAAUCACGACUUGGAGAAAAGGACGACUAGAAUAUAAUAUAUAUCCGAGGGAGGGAGGGAGGGAUCGUGGGAAAAUCGAUCCACAUCGGUGGGGGAAGAAGCAACACACAAACACAAUGGACACACCAACUCACAAAACACUACCCUCUAUAUUCAAACGCAGAGAGACUACAAAAUUAAGGACUCCAUUCUGGGUAGAACAGUCCGGUUUGUUUGGGUGAAGAGUGAACGUGUAAUUGUGAUAGGCAUUACGAGUUAGAAACGAAACGACGACAAAAAAGGUAAAAAGGAAACAAAAAGAAGCAGAAAAAAAACAGAGGACUUCUUCCGUUAGUGAGACUGACUAGUAUGAAUGCGUUAAUUGUGCGGUGCGUGUGGAUGUGAAUGUCAAUCGACAAUCGUAUGAAUGAACGAGCUAGGUUUAUAUAGGGAGCAAUUGUUUCGGGAUGAGUCGUUGGGAGCGAAAAUUCCUUUUACAAACGAGAACGAAGAUUCGAAAUCAACCUCAGCAGACAGGCAGACAGGCGAGAUCCGGGAAGUCUUUAGAACAGGACCGAUAGACAGGAAAAAA